GAAAUAUAACACACUCUUGUCUGUUUAUGCACAGCUUAUUCCAGAGAUUGAUAUUUCUGACCAAAUUGUUUGCACUGUGUCUAAUUCAGGAAGUAGGGACACAUUCUCCACAAUUGUACAAAUCAUUUCUGCUCCAGUUGUGUUAGGCCUUUGACAGUUUGCCUCUUGACAGAAAAAUCUAGUUCAGAAAUGGGACAGAAAAUUACACAGUUUAUGUAAAGACAAAUAAUACCAAAUCAAUAUAAAUUUUAAAAUGAGAAUGAAUGCUAGGCCAAAGUGUGCAGUGAUCUGUCUUUAAUAUAUAGGAAGUCUUCCUUUAUUAACUUGUGGAGGUUUAGCAAAUUUUGGUGUAGUGAUGCACAAUAUAAAUUUUUAAAGGGAAUACAAGGGCGUUGUCACUGCACGGUCCGAAUUACUGAAGAUUGCCAUCUGCUGAUGUAUGGAAACAAAUGAUCUUGGGCUCUGACCUGACUUUCAAUUGUGCAAUAUGUUUUUUUUAACUUCAACAGUUUGUUUGUACCUGGUAGAUGGAUCCAAAAAAUAUAAUAAAAGAUUUAUUUGUUGAUGAAGAGCAAGGAUUGAUUUUGGUUUAGAAUUAAAGGCAAAGUGGAGCCCAUCUCUCAAAGAUUGAUUUCUCUAAAAAGAAAAAGAGGAAUUUGUUAUCCUUUAAUAUGGUUGGAAGGACUGCUGGCACCCUACUGGAAUGAGGGAACAGAUGAUGACCAUAUUGUUUAAGAGUCAACUUGAUUUGAAUUGAUUGUAUAAAUAUAGUAACUCGGAGGAAUUGCCAGCAUUGACCCAGCUGAUAAGAACGUUCGAGCCAAGCAGUAUAAUAAGCCAAUUCCAAUGUUUGACCGAAGCAAACGUAAACAUGUUAUUGAAAAUCAUCACUGCUAUCUUUGUGACGUUGAUGUAGGUUUGAAGUCCAAACACUGCAGUCAGUGUAACAAAUGUGUAGCAGCAUUUGAUCAUCACUGUAAAUGGCUCAACAAUUGCGUAGGGGGCAGGAAUUACUGGCAUUUCCUGAACUGUGUUAUUUCUGCUGUCAUUGGCAUCCUGGUGGUUGUCUGUAUUGCAUCCUAUGUGCUCAUUGCAUUCUUUGUUGAUCCAAGUAUACUUCGCACCAAUCAGAAAUUUGAAACUAUAAAUGAUACAAAUAUCUGGUUUACAUUUCUGCCUCAUGCUCCUGUUCGUACAAAUGCUACUGUCAUUCUUCUAGUGUCUGCGAUGACUGUUCUACUAGGUCUGAUUUCAGUGUCACUUUUGGGUCAACUUCUGUGCUUCCACAUCUACCUCUUGUGGAACCGACUCAGCACUUAUGAAUACAUUGUGCGCCAGCGUCACCGGCGAGGGUCCAAGGUCUCACCCAAGAAUUCAAAGGCGCAAGAUUCGCCAACGCUAUCUGAUCAGAAUUUUGGAACUACAGGUUCUCUAGGAUACACUAAUGAUGGAAUUCCGUUUGAAGGUACCUCAUUAACAGUAUCAUUGACAAAGGAGGUACCAAACCUUUAUCAGAAUGGUGACAUGAACAUGCCCAGUAGUAAGCUGGAAGAUGAUUCUUUGCCUGUGAUUUCUACACAUCUUCAGAAAACCAAGAGAAAGAAGAGAGUAAACAAACUACCUGCAGACAUAAUGACUGAUAAGUCAUCAGCCAGCACCAUUAAACUACCAUCUGCUGUUCCACUUUCAGAACCAGAUCUUGCUGUUGCUUUCCAGAGUUCAAUGAUCCCUAUCCCAGCUUUCCCAUCAAGGGCUACUCUACCUCCGUUAAUGCUCAAUGGCAAUAACCAUGUUCAGGCUGCAGGCCCUCCAGCUGAAUACCACUCUGAUUCUGCAGAGUCCAUGGAUGAAAUUCCAGUGAUUCAGACAAGACUUGGCAGUGCAGCAAUGGUUGACUACAGCAAAACAAUCCUUCACAGCACAAUGAGCAAUCUUGGAAAUUCCCUGCAGAGUCUGAUUCCCAAACCACAGCACCAUGGUGAACUUCCAAAGCCAUUUUCUCCAGUGCACCCAAAUAUCAGGAAGAACUCUAAAAGGUUUGCAAGCUUAGAUCCAAAAAUUGAACUGGUUCAGAAGGUACCGCCUGUGUAUGUUAGCCGCAGCACUGGCGAAUUUCCACUACCGGAAUUAUUGCAAAGCCCCCGAGCUAAAUUAGAUCCUGGAAAACGGAGACUGUCCAGUAAAAAGUACCCAGAUUUGCCUGUUUUCUUUCUCCAUGCCAGAGAUAACUUCGAUGCAAGAGCAAACACUACAUCGGCAUGACUUUUAGGACCAAUUUUAAUAACUAUAACUCAGUUGCUUUCAAACCAUACCUUUUGAAACUGAGUUCCUGGCCAUUAUUCAGUUUUGGGGUGUGAUGAAAGUGAGUCGAUUGACAGCUACAAGCCGUGGUACGGGAUGCUUGUCUGUUUUUUUUAAUCUAGUGGUCAUCUAUUGUGACCUAACCUUUGGCAUAUCAUUGAGAUUUGAACAUUUAAUCAGUAUUUUAUUUUCCUUUUUUAUAUAUACAUAUAUAAAUGAGGGUUAAUAUGAUCUGAAAAAAGUCCCUCUUACAGAGGUUUUAGUAUAUUUUUUUUGUUAUUUUUAUAUAUAUUCUAUUUGGCACUAAGUAUACAUCAAUAUAAAUCAUUAGGCCAAUCUAGAAAUGAAACUAUGUUUCUCAGGGACAGUUUCAAUACUAUGUUUUAGACAUAAAAUAAAUGUUUUUAAAGUUCUGGUAACCAUCAAAUUCAUGUAAAUUUGUGUGAUAGCAAGUUGUAACAAUGUGGUGAACUUUAAAGACCUGCCAUUUAAUGGAAAUCUUUAAAUAGAUUUCCCAGAAACAUUGCAUUUGCUUCGUGUGGCCUUAACAUUCUUUUUAUGACAUUAAUCUCUUUUGUGUCUGGCUUGUUAAAAUAUUACUCAAUGGUUUAUCCUUUAAGUGCCAAUCACCUUAUAGAUGUAAUGUCUGUUUAACCUUUUGAUGAAUACAGUACUAUUUCUGUGCUGAAAUAAAACAUUUUAACUUGCAGCAUU